CACGGAGCGAGUGAAAUCGAGGAAGAAGUUUACAGCGGGGCUAGCGUGCUAACUUACUAUUGAGGUUUUGCGUCGUUGGUUUUACUUUUACUUUUAACUAACUAAAGAAAACCAUGUCGGAAAGAAAGGUUUUGAACAAAUACUACCCACCAGAUUUUGAUCCGUCUAAAAUCCCUAAACUGAAACUGCCCAAAGACCGUCAGUAUGUGGUCAGUUUGAUGGCACCGUUUAAUAUGAGGUGUAAAACAUGUGGAGAGUACAUAUACAAAGGAAAGAAGUUCAAUGCUCGUAAAGAGACCGUUCAGAAUGAACUGUACCUGGGGCUGCCCAUUUUCCGUUUCUACAUCAAAUGUACAAGAUGCUUGGCUGAGAUCACCUUUAAGACUGACCCAGAAAACACAGACUACGCCAUGGAACAUGGUGCGACGCGUAAUUUUCAAGCAGAAAAACUGAUGGAAGAGGAGGAGAAGAAAAUUCUACAGGAUCGAGAGGAAGAGGAGCUCAAUAACCCGAUGAAGGUUCUGGAGAAUCGAACCCGGGACUCAAAGAUGGAGAUGGAGGUGCUGGAGAACCUGCAGGAGCUGAAGGACUUGAACCAGAGGCAGGCGCAUGUGAACUUUGAGGUCAUGCUCAAUGAAUAUAAAGAGAUGGAGCAGAGACAGAAAGAGAGAGAGCAAGAGGAGGACGAGCGAGAGACCAAAGAGAUGUUGGACAGGGCUUUGGUCAAACGGCUGAGAGACUCAGACUCCGAAGAAGAGGGAGAGAAUGAACCAGAGAGAAGCAGGAAACAUAAAGCUUAUAACCCCACAGACAUCCUCACCACAGACAUAAACACAGGACCACAGUGCUCGUCCUCACUGGGUGUGAAGAAACAGAAGGUGGAGAGCUGGGAGAGAAGCGUCGGGGGUCUGAAAGGACGGGGAGCGCUGGGGUCUCUGGUCGUGAGGAAGAAACCUGCCAGUUCUGCCUCUGCCAUACCACAGCCGGCCUCUGACACACGAACAGCUUCAGGUGCCGUCAAACCCGUGACCUCCACAGCUACACCUGGUGCUUCCAUCAGCCAGACAGUCACAGUUCAGAACGGCUCCUCUCUCAGUCUGUUGGGGGCGUACUUGGACAGCGACGAAAGCCACUCUGAUUAGACAAUGAACACAAUGCAGUGUAGCAUCCUUACUGAGAUGUAGUUGUGACCGCAAAGAUGUGUUUAUCUUCAGCACAAAGGCAACCACCUCUCUCCACAUGACCCAAAGAUUACCGUAACAGCUUCCUCGACCUGGUCUGCUCAUACAUAAAUUAAAAAAGAAAAUUUUUCAGUAAUAAACGUUUCAGGUGGAGGAACAAAAGCCCUUUCAAUUUUAUAGAUUUUUUGCUUGAAUAUAUUACAUCUGAUCCAUGUUGAUGUUUGUUGUGUACUCUAUUGUUUCUGAUGUACUCUGUAAUGUGUUUGUAAUAUAAUUUUAACUCUGUUUAACAUUGGUUCAGUCAAUAGGUGGAAAUGCAUUUGAUGGUGCUGCAUAUGGAGGCGAGUAAACCUACAUAAAAAUUUUUCCCAUAAACUCUAGUCUCGCAUUACAAAGAUGAAUAAAUCCUUCGAACAGAUUAAUAAAAUGUUCCACCUGA